AUGGCUGGGCUGUUUGUUAUGGCUGCUGAGAAAUCCCGAUGGAUUGUUGGGAUAGGUAAUCCAUUCGAAGUGGUCGUUCUUGUCGUUGUCGCUACUGAUGUCGUUGUCGCUGCCGCAAAUUUCGCCCGCCGCACAGCAAAAACUGUUAUCGCAAGCUACAGUACCGACGCCACAUACACCGCUACAUUUGUAAGUAGAUUCGUAUGGUAUGCAAGUUUGGCCGCUGCGACAGCAUCCCAAACUGUCGGACAUAGUAGUUUUGCUUUUGCUACGGCGCCCUUGAAAUGGAAAAGAGAUCCACUUGAAUACCUUCUUGGAAAGAAACUUCGCACGGAAACACUCUCGAGAAGAAACGGAACGGCUGACAGUCUUCUUAGGUAUAAGCAAGUUGAGCAAACAAUCGUCAAAAAAUCACAUCUGGAAGCAAGGGAUGACGUUUGCCCAUCCGGAUAUUACGCAUGUUCAAAUAGCGAUGGAUGUUGUCCCAGCGGUACACUUUGUCAAUCAGGUGGAACAUGUAGCGGUGGCUGUGGUCCCAAUCCUGUAAGUUGUGGAUUCGGUAAAUGCUGUAAGCAGGGUCAAACUUGCGGCAGCGACGGCUAUUGUGAUGUAUCAUCAUCAUCACCAACAACAGUGGCACCACCACCAGCAAAGACAUCAACAUCUGGAGAUUCUCGUUGCCCAACAGUCGGAGGUCACGUAUGUUCAAACAGUAAUUUAUGUUGUCGCAGCGACGAAACGUGCAUACCAUACGGAUCCACUUACAUAUGUAGCGGUGGCUGUAACGCCACCACUGUAAAUUGCGGAGACGGUUAUUGCUGUAGGUCGGGUCAAGUUUGCCUCAGCGACGGUUGUGGAUCCGCAUCAUCAACAGGGGCAUCACCCACAAAAACAGCAAAUUUGACACCAACAGAUGUUACAUCAACGCGAACAUCAACAUCAGAGUCUUCGACCUCGCCAGGAUUUACUAUCUCUGCAAACAGCAACCCAGCCAUAGCAAACAACCCAACCAUGUUAAUAUCACAUAAUGAUUUUACUAAAAUCUUAAUGAAUGGAUUAAAUGGAUAUCGAUAUGUAAAAGCUUAUUUGUAA